GCUUCGACCCACAUUGACCACAACACCGACAGCUCCGACACCCUUCGAAACGUAUAAGGAGCAGCCAACGAAAUGCAGCAGGUUUGAAAGGGAGUUCGCCGACAUUUGUGUACCAUCCAUCAAACGAGCAACGGCCCCCGUCAGAGGCACCGAACAGUGCUUACUCGCCAAACGACCCUUGACGGAGACAAAGGGAAGCAGCUGCAUAUGGGGGUGAAAGGGCUUGCGUCGUAUAUUCAACAGUUGCCGACAAGCGCCGCACUCUCUGUGAAGUUCGCACCAGGAGAUACAGAGGAAGCGUCUGUCCCGGUUCUCGUCGACGGACACUCUUUUGUGUACCAUGUCGCCAAGGAGAUCAGCUGGCUCCAUGGGGCUCGGCACGAGGUGUUCGCCAGGGCAGUGGUUCGGCAAGCGGAGCAGCUGGGACAAGUUGGGCUGCAGCUCGCGUUCAUCUUCGACGGCAUCCUUCCGAAGCAAAAGUUCGAUGAACGCCUGAGCCGAUCGUUGGAGAAAGUUGGCCGUGUCGCCGGAGUCAUGGACGAAAUAUUGCGCUCGGGUUCAGCUGCUUCUGGGCCGUCGAGAGGCGGACCCGCCACGUUGUUCCCUCCAAUGGCUAUUCCUGCGUGCAUAUGCGCCUUGAGACGGAGCGGCUUUCGGUUGAUGGUAUGCCCAGAAGGGGAAGCGGACAUAGCCAUCGCAAAUAUGGCCAGGCAGCUCCGCGCUCCGGUUAUGUCCCGUGACACGGAUUUCCUCAUUCACUGCAUUGAGGAUCGGGGGGUGCCCGAGGACGCUGGGCCAUCCUUGCAAGGUUAUAUCCCACUCGACUCUCUUACUUGGGAAGGCAGCAUAUUGCACGCCCGGCUAUAUACGAAGGAAACGUUUGCGGCCGCAUUGGGGAUCUCUUCGAGCAUGUUACCACUGUUUGCUGUGCUGACGGGCUGCGAUUAUAUAUCGCAUCACGAUCGUCGAGCUCUGCCAGGGUCUCUGGAGAUACUCAGUCAGAAAGGGCUGGGGAAUCUGAGGAUCAAGAAGAUCAUCAAACUGUUGCAGGGACAUGCAGGCUCCCCUACACCUGAAGCUGCACUGAACGACAUAGUGGACUACUUGAAGCCUGGGGAAGCAAAGGACGACCUGCUCGCUGCACUUCAGCAUGCCAUGAAACAGUAUUUGACACAUGAGAGUGAGAACCUCUCACGCAACAACUCUGGGGUAAUCUUCGAUCUUUUCACGCAAGGCCUGUAUGAGCCAAGGUUAGGCGAGAUUGCGAACGGGCGAGUUUUUUGGAACACACCCUUUUUGGAGGAUAACAACCGGGGAUCCGCGUGGGAUAUUGCACGAGAUAUACGAAUCUGGGUCUACGGCGCCGUCGCGGUAUCCUGCGCUAGCCCUGUCGCCGUAGAGAACUGGGGCCUCUUUGAGGUUGACUCCUCUCUAUACGACGACUUCGUUGCUGGCCGCUUGCACAUCCGCGAAAACAUCAGGCGAGCCGAUCGUCUCGUUAUGGAGAACGUGACCGCCGUCUCUGUCAGAACCUUCCUUGCGGCGAUAGAAGGAUUGGGGCCGGCGGAGACACCAAGGCCAACAAAACUGCCGGGACUUGGCCAUAUGACCGAUGCGCAGCGUGAUCUCCUGUUCAUGCGCAUACUGGAUUCGGACUACAGCGCGAUGCGUGAUUUGGAACCGACGUACAUCCCACUAGCAGUUGCUUCACGAUAUCUUGUACGGGAACUCCAUUCGCGAGGGCAAUCCCUCCCCAACUACGAAUUGAGCGCUAUCCUAUGCGCCGGCAUAAAGGCGAUAUGGAGAGCAGGCAAUGACGCAAGUUAUGUGAGCGAAGCAUACGAUGUGCGACACGAUUUCCGACCGACCAGGCUGUCCGUACACCGACAAGCUCAGAUGGAGUGCUCACUGUACUGCGUACUGCUGCUUGGACAAUCCCUGCUGACUGGCGUUACCCGCGAGGCCGGGCAAUCGUCGCAAGACCUCUUGACAAGCCACUGGACAUGCCUAGACGGAUUUGAGUUCCACCGCUGCAUGGAGCUGGCCAAAGGUGGAGCGCCCCCAGAGCGGAUGUUAUCCGUUGACUCAAGCAGCGGGGACAGCAGCAGCAAAGAAACGAGUGCAUCACUGCUCGCGUCAUACAGGCGCGUGCAUUCCGCAGUUUUGGAGGGGAUUGAUGACCAAGUCGAGAUGGUUAUUGACUACGGGGACCCGGCGAGACGAAGCACCCCAACACCGAAGAAGAAGGCGAAGAAGAAGACGAUGGCGAAGAGGACGCCGGUGCAGAAGAAAAAUGGGCUUACGAGCAAUAACCUGUUUGAGGCGCUUUCGUCGGGUUGCACAUUCUGAGAACACCGGCCGUUUCCCACGCAUUACGAGCGUAUACGAACGCUGUGGGACGAAUCAGAGCGUGAUCUAACAGUCUGCGGUGCUGUAGA